AUGAAUCUUCCAUGUGUAUUAUAUGUAAACCCAUCGAAAUUGUUCUCAUGUUUUCGUCUUCGUUUCGUACGACAUCUGUCUUAUAUUAAAUCGGCGACAAUCGAUAACGAGGUACAUAUUUUAACGUUGAAUAAUCCUACGAGUGCUAAUUCACUUUCUUUGCCGUUGAUGAAAGAACUUCUCAUGGUUUUGGAUUCGAUCAAGUUGUCGCAGAAUAUUAAAGCUUUAGUGAUUACUGGAGAAGGAGGAUUUUUUUCUUCUGGACAUAAUCUUCACGAGGUUAUCAAGUUUUCUGAUACAAACUCUAAAAAAGUAUUUUCAACAGCAUCAGAGAUUAUGGAGAAAUUAACUGAAUUUCCUAUACCAUCGAUAGCAUCUGUAAAUGGUCCUGCUGUCGCUGGAGGUUGUCAAUUAGUUGCAGCUUGUGACUUGGCAAUAUCAGCCAAAUCUGCGAUAUUUUCAGCCAGUAGUAUUAAACUAGGAUUAUUCUGUAGUACACCUGGUGUAUCAUUAGUUCGAGCGAUCGGGUUACGAGCUGCUAAUGAACUACUCUUAACAGGCAAAGCUAUCAGUGCUGAUAGAGCCUACGAAUUGGGUCUUGUUCAUCGUGUAGUUGAAGAUGACAAAUUAUAUGAAGCGUCUAUUGAAUUCGCCAAAGAAAUUACUCAACAUAAUAAAGAUGUUGUACAGUUAGGUCGAGAAACUCUUCACAAACAAGCUUCUAUGCCAUUAAUGGAUGCUUAUGCAAUAGCUUCAGAUGCGAUGGUAAAAAAUUUACAAUUCAAUGAUACCAAACAACGCAUUCAAUCAUUUUUAAAUCGGAAGAAAUAA